GCAUGAGCGACGUGGUGGAGCGGACUCUGAGCGCCCUGCCCGGGCUGCUGGGGCAGCACGACCCCGGCACCGGCCCGGGCGGCGCCGGCGGCCCCGCCAGGGUGUCGGCCUCCUCCCGGCUCGGCAGCCUCAUCCGGAGCAUCACGGCGCUCACCUCCAAGCACGAAGAAGAAAAAUUGAUCCAGCAGGAACUAACCAGUUUGAAAGCAACAGUUUCAGCCCCCACCACAACACUUAAACUGAUGAAAGAAUGUAUGGUGAGACUCAUCUACUGUGAAAUGCUGGGGUACGAGUCUUCCUUUGGAUAUAUCCAUGCAAUCAAGCUUGCACAGCAAGGAAAUCUUCUGGAGAAGAGAGUUGGCUACUUGGCAGUUUCUCUAUUUCUACAUGAAAAUCAUGAACUGCUGCUUCUUCUUGUGAACACAGUUGUGAAGGACUUACAGAGCACUAAUCUAGUAGAGGUCUGCAUGGCAUUAACCGUUGUCAGCCAGAUCUUUCCACGGGAAAUGAUUCCAGCUGUUCUUCCCCUAAUAGAAGACAAACUCCAGCACUCUAAGGAAAUUAUCCGAAGAAAAGCUGUUCAGGCUUUAUACAAAUUCUAUCUCAUCGCUCCUAACCAAGUGCAGCACAUCCAUGAUAAGUUCCGGAAAGCCUUAUGUGACAGGGAUGCUGGAGUCAUGGCUGCUUCUCUGCAUAUUUAUCUUCAAAUGAUUAAGGAAAACUCAUCUGGAUACAAGGACUUGACUGGGAGUUUUGUAACCAUCCUAAAGCAGGUGGUGGGAGGAAAGCUCUCUUCUGACUUCAACUAUCACAGUGUGCCAGCACCAUGGUUACAAAUUCAGCUUUUAAGAAUAUUGGGACUGUUAGGAAAAGAUGAUCCAAGGACAAGUGAAUUGAUGUAUGAUGUUCUAGAUGAAUCUUUAAGAAGAGCAGAAAUAAAUCAUAAUAUUACAUAUGCCAUCUUAUUUGAAUGUGUCCAAACAAUUUAUACAAUUUAUCCCAAAUCUGAACUACUUGAAAAAGCUGCCAAGUGCAUUGGAAAAUUUGUUUUGUCACCCAAAAUUAAUUUGAAGUACUUAGGUUUAAAGGCUCUGACCUAUGUUAUCCAGCAGGAUCCUAAUCUGGCCCUUCAGCACCAGAUGACAAUAAUUGAAUGUCUGGACCAUCCAGAUCCCAUUAUUAAAAGGGAGACUUUAGAGCUUCUCUAUAGGAUUACAAAUGGACAGAAUGUCAUUGUCAUAGUUCAAAAGAUGCUUGACUACUUAAAAGAAAGUAAAGAAGAAUAUGCUAUCAUCAACCUUGUUGCCAAAGUAGCAGAACUAGCUGAGAAGUAUGCUCCUAACAACGAGUGGUUCAUCCAGACAAUGAAUGCUGUGUUUUCAGUUGGAGGGGAUGUUGUGCAUCCUGAUAUCCCAAACAACUUUCUGAGGCUGUUGGCUGAAGGAUUUGAUGAUGGAAAGGAGGAUCAUCAGCUACGGAUGUAUGCAGUGCAGUCUUAUUUAUCAUUACUUGGAGAGGAAGAUGCAUUGUAUCCACAGAAAUUCCUUCAAGUUAUGAGUUGGGUGUUGGGAGAAUAUUUCAGUCUUGUUACAGAUGUUGAUCCUGAAAUUAUUUUGACAAAACUACACAGCCUGCUGAAGAAGACUUAUGUUACUUCUGAAACUAAAGCGUGGAUAAUGGCUGCAGUCACCAAGAUAGCAUCACAUACCUCCUGUUCAGAAACAGUUGACAAACUAAUCCAAGAACUUAGCAGCUCUCUAGAUACCUGCAUAAGACAAUAUGCCUUUGAAUUGAAACAUCUCUGUGAAGACAAAGCACUGAUGAAAAAUUUGCUUCCAUUUGAUGCUAGUUGCAAUGAUAUGGUGGUAGAUGCAUCCUUAUCUUUUCUGGAUGGGUUUGUGGCCGAAGGACUUGGUCGUGGGGCAGCACCGUAUAAACCUCAUCACCAGAGGCAAGAGGAGAAACUUUCUCAGGAAAAAGCUCUGAAUUUUGAACCGUAUGGAUUGUCCUUUGCUUCAAGUGUGUCCUCAUCUGGUGUCACUGGCAGACAGUCCCCCACUGGUUUAUCUUUUGGUUCUGAUACCUCUGGUAACAGUGCUGAGACAGGGCACAAAGAGACAAAUACUCUGAAACUCGAGGGAGUACGUAAGCUGUGGGGAAAAGAAGGUUAUCUUCCAAAGAAAGAAAAAGUAGGGAAAGAAAAUGAGCCACAAACAGUUACCUGUGGCAGCUUAUUAGCAGGACAGACAGGUGACCCUCCUGUGUUGAGGUCUGAUCAAGGUGCCAGCCUCACUGAGGAAGACAAAGAGAAGCAGCAGUUAGCAUCAACUUUGUUUGUUGGGCUGGGAUCAAGUGCUGGUGUCAGCCUGAUGGGGAAAGCAGACACAGCUACCCAGAAGUUCAAAAGGAAAUCAAAGAUAAACGAAACUCAACAUAGUGAGGAGGCAUCAGACUUCAAAAGUAGUGCUGCUUCAGAUUUUGGUCCCUUGCUUGAUACAGUACCUAUUAACACAGAAGACUCUGAGGAAAGUUCACACACAAGGUUAAGGAAAGCCUCCCUGUGCUCUUCAGAUAUUGUAGAAGAUAAUUUAGCAUUUGAAACACCUCAGUCCCUUAAAAAAUCUGUGCUGGAUGACAGACUUUCAGAUAAUAGGGUGUCACAGUCAUCUUUGUUUGCUGAUAGUAAUAUUGAAAUUUUUCAGCCUUCUCCAAGUGCUCAAUGUGAAAGUGCCAGUGAAACACCAUUGGUUCCUUCCCUACCAGAAGAACUUGAAGAGCUUCCUCACUCUGAGGUACUGGAACUUCAUCAGAGUGAUGCCUUAGCUCUGUAUUUAUGUAAGGCAUGGACAGAUGACUCUCUGUUGCUCACUGUCUUAGUUUCCAAUAAAACCACUUCUGCACUUAAUGCUGUGAACUUAGUGUUUGAAGAAACAGAACACUUUCAGAUUUUGGAGAGUCCCACCCACCAGUUUCCUGUAAUUGAAGCUCAAAGUUUGGAACAUUGCCAGAAAUGUGUGAGGAUGAACAAAAUCUGUACCCAGGGAAUUCUUUCUGGCUCUGUUAGUUACCAGUCAGAGAUGGAAACUCGCCUGGAAUUUUCAGUAACUUUAUCACUGAUGGACUUCAUCAGGCCAAUGGAAAUGACUACAGAAGACUUUGGAAAGCUGUGGUUGUCCCUUUCCAAUGAUGUGAAACAGAAUAUAAAAAUGUCGUCUUCCCAAGAUUCCCUUUCAGCAGCCUUGAACACACUGCAACAGAAGCUGAAACUCCAUAUAGUUGACAUUAUAGGUAAUGAGGGAAUACUGGCAUGCCAGCUCCUUCCAUCUGUGCCCUGCCUGCUGCACUGCCGUACGCACUCAGGGAUGUUGGCUGUGUGGUUCAGAUCACCUUGUGCUGCUCUUCCAGAUGGUUUGCUCUACCAGUGUCAAAAGUGAUGAAGAAUGCAACACCACAGAAGUCUUGAGUCCAUUGGUGAUUUAAAUAUCCUGUGUCUCACUUGGAGAUACCAGAAGACUGCAAGACUACACUUUAGAUCUUUGGAACAGCAUUCUGUGCGCCAGCUCACAUUGUCCAACCCUCUUUUUGGAAUUCUGCCAGAUUAUGUGUUUUGGUUUUAGGCAUCACAGGAGACUUGAGUAUCUCUUGUUAUUCAUAGUUGACAGGAAUAGCAUUUUUUUAAGUUCAAUGCUGACAUAAGAAAGCAUUGCUAUGGAGUUGGGAGCUUGGGGAGUUGGACAUAAUGGCUGAACUGCAGGUGGCUGCAGCCCUGGUCUAAGUCAGGGGGAUGGUUUGUGUAAAAAAGCUGCCAGUGUGUAACAGGAGUCCUGGCUGAGCUGAGGAGCUCAGGCCCUUGAGAACCUCAGCAAUUAAGUGCUGGAAAUCCCUCUGAUCUUCUUCCAUCAUCCAGCUGUCUCUGAAAUAUGACUGCAUAGAUAAUUAUACAAAGGAAUGUUUUUCCAUCUAGUUCCAUAUUGAAAAUCCUUUUGUGACUAUCUUCCUCCUCCAUGGUGUUCCCAGUUACUUUUCUGUGUGACUUGGUAGAACUUGAAGGCUUAGGCUGUUUUCCAGGAAAGGGAAAUAAGGUGUAUAGAAACAGGCUAGAAGGAAGAGAGCACAUAACCAGUUUGCAUGAAGAAGUUUGCUUUCAAGAGGCAACCAGAGGCCGGUCAGUAUAAACUGACCUUUCUGAACUGGCAGGUUAACAAUGUUUGGACCAAACCCUGGGUACCAGGAGGCCUCACUGUUUUACUGCUGUGUGCCAUGGGCAGCUUGGAGUUCUGAACAUCUGGGAGUCAACAGGGAAGUGAUUAUGUUGGAUCCAUAUUCCAACUGUUUUGUCAGCUUCUCCUUCCUUACCCCAAGUAUUUUCAGAUAUUUUUAAUGAAACAAAUACUUUGGUAGGAAAAUGGACAGAAGUGCAGCAUGGCAGUAUGAUGUAGGGUAUUGUCUUAAAUAUAGGUCAAAUCUCUUGUGUUACAUUACUUUCCGCUAGGUAUUUCCAAAUCCUCCUCAUCCUUUAAGGACCUAGAAGAGUAAAUUUGUGUAAUGGAUGGCACUAUCUUGAGGUUUUCCUGUACUUGUGAAUAGCUCAUAAAUGACAUUGUCUGACGGUUUCUAAAUAUUGGAAAGGUGUUUAUCUCCUAUAGAAUCCCACCAGUAGUUUUUCAGCCUAAAAAGCUGUAUUAUCUUUUUCUUUGUGGGUAAGACUGUGCAUUGUCUCUUUCUGGCAUUGAUUUAUGUAAAAACAGAAAUAGAUCCGCUUAAGUCAUCCAGGUAAAAGUUGCUUUUGCAUUUCAGUUGCUGUGGUAAGAGUUAAUUGUGCUUUACCUCUUGGUUCUCUUCAGGGUCAGCUAUUUAUGUGCCUUUCUGUAAGAACAUUUCUCUAGCACAAAUCAGGUCACAUGUUCAGUGUGAAGUGCUGCUCAGUGGUACAGGGACCAUUUCAUCAGAGUGCCAGAAGUGGUCACUCCCAUGAGACUUUCUUGAACAUUAACAUUUUUCUCUUUAUUACAUAAAGCUGGCAGUGAUGAAGCAAAGAAUAUUGUGUCCUGCCAUGAUAUGAUUCAUAAAAUUAACUUGACAGCAAUACUUCACCAGCAGGGAGGUUCAAAGCACCACUUAGGAAGAUUGCUUUAAACUCAGAUUUUAAGGUAGUUGUCAGUUUUCUCUUUGUGCCAGCCUUUAAUUGCUUUCAGUAUAAUUGCUGUGUGAGUUGUUUGCUUUGGCUGAAGGAGUUCAGGAUUUGCAGUUUGCUUUUUCUGGGAAUAAGGAUGGGAGAAUAUAUGCUUGCUGUUGUUAAAACAUUCUGGUAGGUUGUAGCACCUCCAUGUUUAGGGCACGGCUUUGAAAUCUGCCAGGGAUGUGUCUUCCAUGUAGUUUAAAUCACAUGGAGCUAAACUGAGCUAAAUACAUCAUGGGAAAGUUUCAAGAAGGUGCUUGCAAGAAGAAUAGUGAGAUCUUGGCCUGCAACGUGCUGUGCCCCUGCCCCAGGCUGCUCGUGUCUGUUCCAGGCACCAGCUCAGGCUGAGCCCAGGGAGAAGUGGUACCUGAAGGCAAGAAGUCUGUGCCAUUUCCUCCCUGUGACUUAUGAGGGAGUUUCUGAGCUUGGUGAUGAGGCUGCUCCACUAAACACACUGAGCCAGCAUCGUCUGGUAGCUCAAGUGCUGCAGAACAUUGGGGAAAAACAGAAAUUCCGUUUGCUGCUGACACGUGUUGGUGUUGGGUGUGUGUGAUGCAA